AUGCUAUGUCUACUCCUGUCACGUUUCAAUGAUCCUGCGGAAUUUCUUGCUUGCCCUUCAGCUGUUCGCGAGGAUCGUGUUCGUGGCGGAAGACUUCGGCGCACCAAAUCAACCCCCUCACCUCCUCCUCCCUCUCCCGAGGGAAGUGAAGGCGACAAUGUUGCUGCAACAGAAAAGAAACUGGAAAUCUGUAAAAAUCCUACCAGUGAGCCCCCAUCUCCCCUAGACGCUGGCCUUAGAGCAACCUCAUGUCCCAGCCACGAUGCUCCAUCCUUUGAGCAACAGUCCCAAAAAGUGUACUGGAAUCCCUCUGCCUCCGUUCCAUCACCAUCUUCUGCGUGUAGCCUUAAUUCCAUUAACCCCCAACCUGAGUUGAAGUCGGAAAACUGGAAUGCGCCUAAAUCCACCGCCGGACCAAAUGGGCCUCUGCGUUCGUACAUAUCUGCAGCGACUCCUACUUCAAACCACCACGCUCCUUACACACCCUGCUCCUCCACUUCUUCGGCCUCUGUUUCCGGGCUUUACGAAGGGUCAGCACUGAAGAAGGAGAUGGGCGACAAUGGUGCCUACCUUGCCCCCACGAAUAGCGAGCCGGCAACAGAAAUUCCUCUCAUGGGCGCCGGAGGAUCCACCAGUAUGAACGCAAAUGGAGACCAGACAUCUCUACCACUGGCGGAUAAGCUCCAGUACCCCUACCCCCGAAACACCUCAGCUCCCAGUACGAGUCAGCCUGGGGCGCUGUGGCCCCCGCGAACCUCAUCCACCUCGCGUCCCACCGACUACUACAGACCGCCACCUUCAAAGGCCAGCGGCAGAUUUGACACUGUCGACGGCGGAGGUUACUACACCACGGCUGGAGAGAACGCCUUGGUGACAGAGCCGGAGAAUGUGGAGGAGAGCUUGGAGGAGAUUUCGGAGCUCGAGGGCGAAUUGUCCUCCGAGGAGGAGGCGGCCUUGGAGGCGGAGGGUCUUGGCUUCGGCGGCAGCAGCAGAAAGCCCGCGAGUGUUCCUUUCGCAGGCAUUAACUUUGGCCAGCUUUUCUCCGCUUCAAACGCUCAUUCGGAACAGUUGAUUAUGCUGGCUAAGCUCUUCUAUCCAAAACUCAAGGAGUACCUCCUUCGAGCAAGUGUUCAGGGCGAGCUUUGCGUCAACCCCAACGACGGUGUCUUUAUGUCGCCCGAUAACGAAGGCGGUCCCAGUAGCUUGGGUCUGUCGGCAGCACUGCCCGACAGUCCUCUUGAGAACGUGCUCUGCAAGCUCUUCAGCAUGCUCGAAGACUGUCUCUUUCACAUGGUCGAUUGGGUCAACCGGACGGAGGUCUUCCGAGUAAUUCCCGUUGAGGAUAAAAUGCAGCUUCUGUACAGCAGUUGGAGCGAAGUCAUCGUGAUUGAGUUUUUACAGUGCUUGAUCCUCAACCUUCGCAUGGACGACAGACCCCUCGGUGUUAUGAAGGCGGACUCAGGGAGCCCCGGCGAGCCGUCGAACCGCGAUUUGUACUAUCUUGUCAAGGAGCUGAUCGAGUACCUCCUGGCGUCUAGCGACGACAAUCAACGACUACACGAUUUGAUUGCACGAUUCGACAUGCUACGACUCAGCGGCCACGAGUUCACCUGCCUCAAGUUCCUGGUUAUUUUCAAUCCCUACAAACAUGACGUCAAAUUAACCUCGAGCUCUGAAUACGUCCGCGAAGUUCAAGCCGAGCUCUGUCAUUUCCUCUUGCGCGCAGCCCGUCGCUCGGUGAAGCGCAGUCCACCGCCACCGCCUCCAUUCGUUGAUUUUUCCACUCACGCCUCUACUCUAGCCACCAUCGCAGCCUCAGAACGCCUCGGGCAGCUGCUUUCGCGUCUCACUGAGGUGAAACACGUGGCUUUUCAACUGGAGAAUUUCCUCGUUGCCCGCUACUACGCCAGCUAUAUCCCCAACGCGAGCCUCCUCACCGAGAUGCUUUUAACCAAACGCAGAGGCGGCCGAAAUCCCAUUGGCGUCACAUCGACUCUGCAGCCAACGCCCCCUGCCGUCUCUGAUUACGGUUUCACGCCUUUUUCACAGCCUCACCUCAAACAAGAUCCCAACGACUACACCCCGAUUCCCCCGCCCACUCUGCCCAGUUGGCGUCCCAGUGGCAGUGGCGAAGGCCUCCCUCCCACCCCUUUCACCGCCAGCACGACCGUUCCCCCCCUCGCCCCCACUCAGUACUUUCCCGUCUCGUCGGCAUCAUCGUCAUCCGACUACCAGCAAUCCUCGCAGCAACCACAGGAUCAGAGUUUUUUUAUGUCUCCCCCGCCGCCGCCGCCGCCACAACAACAACCACACACGCCCUCCGCGUCCGUCAUUUAA